AUGGCCCUUGACGCGUCCGAAGCAAAGACUCUUUUCUCGCGGGGCGUGGCGCGCGUGUUCUUCUUCUGCGCCGGCCUCGCCGGCUCUGGUGACUGGGUGCCAGUGCUCUCGCUGCCCGACGAGGAGGCGCGGCUCGGGGCCCUGCGGGUCGUGGGCGCCCGGGACAGGGGCCUGCUCUGCGCCCAGACGGAGCCCGGCAAGCUUGGCGCGCUGCGCGAGCUGCCCUGGACGCUCCCGCUGGGCGCCAUGCCGGCCGCGGGCGGCGCGGUGCAGGACGCCCUGCUCGCCGGCCUCCUGUCGCGCCACGCCCGAGUUGUGGCUGGCUUCGCGGCCGCCGUGCCGGCAGCGCGCGACAUGCGAGAGGCGGACGCCACGGACCCGGGAGCUGCCGAGGCGGAAUUCAAGAUGAAGUCGCUCAGGCUGUUCGGCCAGCUGGUUACAGCAGACGAGGUCGAGCGCGCCCUCGACGUGGCCCGGGGGGCCGCGGCCGGCGGGGCGGACGCCCCGAAGUUGCUGGGCAUGAUGCAGCAGUUCGCCGAGAGGGCUGGGAGCCACAAGCUGGCCGACCUCGUGGCCGGUCUGCCGCGAGGCGCCGCCCCACCGCCGCGGCCGCCUCCGGCCGUGGUGGGCGGCUUCUUCGCGGAGGGCGCGGGCGCGGGCGGUGGCCGGCGGCGCCCCGCGCCCCCGGCCACGCCGCUGGGCCGCGGUGCCCUGGGCGCCCCGGCGGCAGAGCUCGCCGAGCCGCCCCGCAAGGUCGGGCGCGCUGCGGCGGCCUGGCCGGCCGCCCGGCCCCCCGCGGGGGAGCCCACGGCGGGCCGCGCGGGGGCCCGGGCCGACGAUGCCGCCGCGGGCGCGGGCUGCGACGAGCAGGUGGGCAGCGUCGGGGUGGCCGCCGCCGUGCCCGCGGACCGCACGCGCGUGCCGCUGCUGCCCGCCUCCCGCGGCGCGGCCUUCCCGUCGGGCGCGGCGGGCGCGCUUCACGCGCUGAGGUGGAUGAUGCAGAAGAGCGAGCUGCGGCAGGACAUGUUCCUGCUGGGCGAGGCGGGGCCGGAGCUCCGGCACCUCGUCUACCUGUACUGCGCGCUGCUGGGCAAGGAGCUGGAGUACGUGGCCAUCAGCCGUGACACCUCGGAGCCGGACCUGAAGCAGCGGCGCGAGAUCAUCGGCGGCAGGCUGCAGUACGUGGACCAGCCACCGGUGAGGGCGGCGAAGCUUGGGCGGGUGUUGCUGCUCGAGGGCGUCGAGAAGGCCGAGCGCAAUGUGCUCCCCACUCUCAACAACCUCCUGGAAAAUCGGGAGAUGGCCCUGGAGGACGGGACAUUCCUGUCAGCUCCCCGUCGUGCACGCGAGCUGGGCAACGUCGAGGGGCACGUCGCGGUCAGCGAGCGUUUCGAGGUCAUCGCGAUCGGGCAGCCCUCGCGCGGGAACCCCCUGGACCCGCCGCUGCGGUCCCGCUUCGCGGCCCUGCGCGUCCCGCCCCGCGGGCUCUGUGGGACGCCGGGUGAAGAGCUGCUGCGCCUCGCGCAGUGCAUGGCGGGUGUGCCCGAGCCGCCCUUGGGCGCCGCCCGCCAGAUCGUGGCCCUGGCGGAGCUCCUGGCGAGCGGGCGGGCGGUCGCCCGCCGGCCCGCAGACCCGGCCGAGGCCGCCUGGCCCGUGCCACUGCCGGCCUCCUCUCUCGGCGCCGUCGUGUCGUUGGCAGCGGUGCUCCCCGCAGCACCCCUCCGGGGCCUUCUGCUGCGAGCGUGCCCCGCUCACCUGCUCCACUCCGCAGGGCAGCGCCUCGGGGCCAUCGAGAAGGCCCUGGAGGCCUGCGGCCUUGCACCAGGCGCGCCUCGCGAGCCUGGGCAGCCAGCGGUGGCCUACGACGAGGUGUGGCGCAUCGCUAGGCACGACUCCGACCCUCGCGCUUGCAUUGUCGAAUUCUGCUCGAGGUCCGGUGCCAUGAAGUCCGUGCCCGCUGCGGCCCCGUGCGGACCUCGCGGGCCAGCCGUGUGCGUUCCCAGUGAUCGGCCGCCGCGGUUGCCUGUGGCGGGGAUUCAGCUGACCACCACGCAAAGGGGAUCGCUGGCGGCCAUGCUGCAGGACCACGCCGCUGGCGUGGACGUGUGCAUCUUGGGCGAGCGGGGCGUAGGCAAGUCCGCGCUCGUCCGCGCCUUCUGCGAGCUCCUGGGCUACCAGCCGCACACCCUGUUCUGCUACCAGGACAUGCUGUCCAGGGACCUCUUGCAGCGCCGAACCACCGACGCGCACGGCAACACCGCCUGGCAGAACAGUCCAUUGUUGCUGGCCGCGAUUCGGGGCGAGGUGGCUGUGUUGGACGGCCUGCACAGGCUGGCGCCAGGCCUGCUGUACAGCUCGCUGGGGCGCCUCUUGCGCGACCGGGAGGCGGAGCUGGCCGACGGCUCGCGCUUGGCCUCGCCCGAGCGCUUCGACCGGCUCCUCGCUGAGGGCUUCUCGUCUCAGGACCUGGCAGACCGGCGGAUCCAGAGAGUGCACCCGGCGUUCCGGGUCAUUGGCAUUGCCGAGCUCCCCGAGCCCUCAGGAGUGGGCGCAUGGCUGACUGAGGAGGCCUGCACCCUGUUCCACUUCCACGAGGUCAGACCACUGCCUGGCGCGGAGCUGCGGGAGCUGUGCCUGGCCGGCGCGGGGCGCGCCAGGGACGACGACGACACCGGGCCGAGGUGCAUGAGGCUCUUCGACGGCCUGGUGGGCUUCUCCAGGGCAGUGCGCGCCAGGCUGGAGGUGGCGCCGGAGAGGGAGAGGCGCGACCUGGACGGUAUGGCCCUGAGCUUGCGCCAGCUUCUGCGCGCGGGGCGGCAUCUGCUACACACCGGCGGCGACGCGGCUGGCGCGGUGGAGCGCGCCCUGUCCGCCAGGCUGCGCUUCCUGCGGCCAGCGGCGCGGGAGGAGGUGGGCGGCCUGUUAGCCCAGGCGAUGGCAGCAGCGGGUGCCGAGCUGCCACAGCAGCUCCUCCAGCCAUCCGCUGGCCCCACUGGGCGCGCGCCGACCGCAGAGAUCACGGAAGGCCAGCUGCACAUCGGCGACGUGGUGUGCUCCAUCAGCGCUCCCCGUCGCCCUGAGCUCGUGCCGGAGGUCGAGUUUACUGACACUCGGCAGCACAUGCUGCUGUUGCAAGACAUGCUGCUGGACUGGGCGUUGGGCCACCACUUGCUCCUCGUCGGUAACCAGGGCACUGGCAAGAACAAGCUCGCGGACAGGUUGCUGCAGCUGCUUGGCCAGGAGCGGGAGUACGUGCAGCUGCACCGCGAUACCACCGUACAGUCGCUCCUGAUGGCCCAGUCCGUCGACGCUGGUGUGGUGUCUCUCGAGGACAGCGCGCUGGUCAGAGCCGUGAGGCAUGGCCGCUGCCUCCUCGUCGACGAGGCCGACAAGGCGCCGCUGGAGGUGGUCUCCGUGCUCAAGGCGAUCGCAGACGACGGCGAGCUGGCCCUCGGCGACGGUCGCUGCAUCGUCCGCGGGGGCGACCCUCGCCUCCACGCUCCCAGCACCUUCGCCGAGGGUGCCAGCGCGAGCGCCGAGCUGCUGCUGGAGACGGCCCCAGGGUUCCGCAUGAUCGUGCUCGCCAAUCGCCCUGGCUUCCCAUUCCUUGGCAACGACUUCUUUCGCGUCUGCGGCGACGUGUUCAGCUGCCACGCCGUGGACAACCCCGACGGGGCCAGCGAGCUCGAGCUCAUGGCGGCGUGCGGCCCGGGCGUGCCGCGGGGCUCGCUGGAGAGGCUGGCCUCCCUGUUCGCGGAGCUGCGGGGCCUGGCGGACGAGGGGGCGCUGCGCUACCCCUACAGCACGCGAGAGUUGGCCAAGGCGGUCCGGCACCUCGGGCGCUUCCCCGACGACUCGCUGGAGCGGGCGCUGGGCGACGCGUUCGCGUUCGACCUGGAGGACGGCCAGGCGCGCGGCGCGGCCCUGGCCGCGCUGAGGCGGCACGGGCUGGCCACCACGCCCGAGGGCCUGGAGCGCCUGGCCGGCACGGCGGGCGCCCGCGGCCUGCGGCUGGAGUCUUGCAGCCGGGGCGCGGAGGAGCGCGGCCUGGCCGGGCUCCUCUCCGCCCCCCCCCGGCCGGGGGGCGCGGCGGGGCCGGCGGGCUCGGGCCCCCUCGGCGGGCCCCGGCGGCGAGAUGUUCGGGGGCGGGGGCGCAGGCUCGUUCAUCACGCGGCCUGGCCCUGGCGCGGGUGGGCGCUACACCCACGGCCAGCGCGCGGCCCGGGCCUCCGACGGCGGCCUCGCCGGGCGCAGCGGCCCAGGUGGCCCGCCCAGUCCGUGCGACCCUUCCGGCGGCGGAGCGUGCUGUCACGGGAUCGAGGAGUUGUGCUUCGAGCCCACCGGCAGAAUCGCCUCCACCGAGUGGACGUACGUCGGGCGGGGCAAGGGCUCGUACGAGCCCACCGAGGCCUAUUCGUACGUGGGCGAGGGCGCCGGCAGCUUCAUGAAGGAGGAGGUCGCGCCGCCGCCGCGGCUGCGCUGCCGCCCGGCGUGCCUCUGCCUGCUCCCCGCCCUCCUCGCGCUCGGCGCCUGCCUCGCCGUGCUCUGGCUGCGCUCCCGCGGCCUGUUGGCCAUCGGCGGCCCAGAGCCCUGGCCCGCGCUGCAGCCCGGCGCGGCGGGCGCCGCGGCCGCCACCACCACCCCCUACGCUGGACGCUGCUCGGACGUGGGGGCCAACUGCAACGUCACCAGGUGUUGCAACGACGUUGGCCUGGACUGCUAUCUCGACAGGACGAGUUCUGGGCGACGUGCCGGGCGCGGUGUGCGCCGGGCGUGGACACGCUGGAGGACCACGACCCUGAGUUCCAGACGCCGUGGAGCUGCGCGGUGCUGGGCGGGGACAGGUCCAGCGGGCCCGCCGCCGGCGGCAGCCCUUGGCCGGCCGAGGAUGCCGCAAACGAUGCCAUCGGCGCUGCCGACGAAACGGUCAGCCACCAGGAGGCUGCUGGGAGCAGCGCCGACGAGUCUGCCGGAGCGGAGGACGAUGUACACGGCGAAGUCGGAGACGCCCUGGAGAUUGCAGAUGGCAUGCAUCUGGUGGUGGGUGAUUCCGACGGUGCCGCAGGCGAUCCCAUUGUGCGAGGCUUCGACGAUGCCGCAGACGAGGCCAAGGCCUCAGAUGAGCAUUCCGACAGGACAGGCGUUAGGCCGUCGGGCUCUGUGGGCAGCGCGGGCAGCGUCAAGAAGGGCGUGUCGACGUCCGUACUUGGGACUCCUGGGCAGCAUGGACAAUCUGGGCACGGGCCGCCAGGGCAAAAUUGGCCGCCCCAGCCAACGGCGCAAAAGCAUCGCUCGCGGAACAGCACAGAGGAGAACUCGAGCGGCUCCGUCGUCGUUCCGUCCAAGCACCCUGUUAGGAGGAUGCAGGAUUCAUUGGCUGAGGGAUUGCAGAACGCGCAUGCGGGUGCCUUACAUCACACUGGGAGGGCGGCCGAUGCAGCGCAGGACCUCCACGAGAGUGCGAGGGAGCACGCACAGAAGGCGGGUGGCGCCGUGGUGGAUACGGUGCAGGGCCUGCACUCGGGAGCGAUGGAGCAUGCGGGGAAGGUCACGGGCACCCUGGUCGGCACCGCACUGGACGUGCACGGGGGCCUGAAGAGCAGCGUGGAGAGGGCAGCGGAGCAGCUUGCGGGCGCGGCCUCCAGGGACAACGCGGCGGCCCUGAAGCGCCUGGGCCACGUCGCGGACGCGGCGGAGGACGUGCACGACGCCGCGAAGAGCCACGCGGACAGAACUGCGAACGCGCUCGUGGGCGCCAUGCAGGCCGUCGCGGGCUCCCUGUCGGCCCUGGCCGGGGCGCUGGCCCCCAGCUUCGGCAUCCAGACGGACGAGACCAGGCAGAGGGCCCAGGAGGCGAAGGACGCCGCGUACGGCGGGCGCGACGGGGACACGCACGGCGGGCGCUGGAAGGUUGCCGGCGGCAGGUGGGCCUACGUCAAGGCUGGCGCCGCGGAGGACUGACGCGGCCGAGCGCCGACGCCGCCCGCGGUGGGGCAGACCUCGCCGCGGCCGCGGGCCGCGGCGGCGGCUGCUGCGCGGCUGCGCCGGCGGCGCGCCCUGCCCAUCGGGGCCUGUAAGCUUAUCUUAGGGAGGCGCUCCAGGGGGGGCCGGCGCGCGGCGCCCGUGCGGCGAGCCCCUCCUCGGCAGGCAAAGCCUCUCGGGAGAGGGGCCGCGUCGGUCCCAAGGGGGUCCUGUGGGGCUCCCGCGAGGAGGAGGGGAGGAGCGAAUCGCCUCUGGUGCCACUUGCCCCUGGCGCGCGGCGUCGUCGUGCGCGAUGAAUCCCAGCGUCGAGCGUGGCCAAAGCCUGCCUCCUCACUCCUCGGCCGCGGCGAGCACUGGAGCGCCGGGCCCGAGCGCAAAGA